CCCCCCCGGCUGUUGCGGCGCCCUCGGCCGGGGCCGGGGCCGAGCCUGAAGGAAAGAGGGGACCCACGUGCGGAGCAGCUGGACGGCAGAGCUCCAAAUGUUCCGAGCUCAGUGGAUGUUUGAACUUACUCCAGGAGUGAGUUCUAAUGGAUCAGACACUCCGCCAUGCAGGGCAUCAAUACGAGGGCCUGGAGGAAAGACUAUAGAUACCAAAGGAAAGCAGGAACUAGCAAAAGAGGAGAAGGCAAAAGAACUGUUUCUGAAAGCAGUAGAACAAGAGCAAAAUGGGGCCCUUUAUGAAGCCAUCAAGUUUUAUCGUCUAGCCAUGCAACUUGUACCUGAUAUAGAGUUUAAGAUCACCUAUACACGGUUGCCGGACAGUGAUGGAAUUGGAAAGAGGUACAUUGAGGAUAAUGAAGAUGAUGGCAAGAUGGCUGAUCUUUUGUCCUAUUUCCAGCAGCAGCUCACUCUUCAGGAAUUUUCAGUCAAACUUUGUCAGCCUGAGCUUGAUGUCAGUCAGACUCAUAUCUCAGUGCUGCCUAUGGAAGUACUAAUGUACAUUUUUCGAUGGGUGGUUUCCAGUGACCUGGACCUACGGUCAUUAGAACAAUUAUCUCUGGUCUGUAGAGGAUUUUACAUUUGUGCCAGGGAUCCUGAAAUCUGGCGUCAGGCCUGUUUGAAAGUAUGGGGCAGGAGCUGUAAUAAACUUGUUCCCUAUUCCUCCUGGAGGGAAAUGUUUUUGGAAAGACCUCGUGUUCGAUUUGAUGGUGUUUAUAUCAGCAAGACCACGUACAUACGUCAAGGAGAGCAGUCUUUAGAUGGUUUCUAUAGGGCAUGGCACCAAGUGGAAUAUUACAGAUAUAUGAGAUUCUUUCCGGAUGGUCAAGUUAUGAUGCUAACAACUCCUGAAGAUCCUCAAUCAAUUGUUCCUCGUUUACGGACUAAAAAUACAAGAACUGAUGCAAUCUUGUUUGGCCAUUAUCGCCUUUCCCAGGAUACGGACAAUCAAACCAAAGUAUUUGCUGUAAUAAUGAAGAAGAAAGAAGAGAAACCAAUUGACUACCACAAAUACAGGUACUUCCGUUGUGUUCCUGUGCAAGAAACAGAUCACAGUUUUCAUGUAGGAUUGCAGCUGUGUUCCAGUGGCCGCCAGAGAUUCAACAAACUUGUUUGGAUACAUCACUCUUGUCACAUAACUUACAGAUCCACUGGUGAGACAGCAGUCACCACGUUUGAUAUUGACAAGAUGUACACCCCUUUGUUCUUUGCACGAGUAAAGAGUUUCACUGCAUUCUCAGAAAAGCCUCUCUAAAACGCAUCUCCUCCUGCUACUCUUGCAUGAAUAAGAAGUUGUAGCAAAUGAGCACUUAAGUUAUCAAUGUGUAUAUAUGAAAUUAAUUUUAAAAUUCUGGGAAUCUUUGGAAGAUAUAUACUGGUAUUACAUUCUGUUUGAUUAUGGGUGGCUGGGUUCUUUUAUUGUUUUGGAAUUAAGCUUUUUGAAUUCUUUUAAAUUUGUUUAUGUGGUGAAAAGACUUUGUUAUUAAAGUUUUUUUAUUAUGUCUAUUUUUUUGCAAACCAGUUUAUAAACCAUUUUCUCUAAAAACAUUGAAUCUCCAUUUACGUUUGCACCUGUGCACUUCACCCAUCUUUAACUUCAGGAAGAAUUGUAAUGGAAAGUCUCACUGUACAUGUGACAGUGAGUGUACAUGCUCUGGUCAAGGCUCAAAAUGGGGAAGGAAAAAAUUGUCCUACAUUUGUUUAAAAGUGUGUGAGACCUAUAAGGACUUUAAAAUAAAUGUUUCCUUUUAAAUAAAUGUAUUUUGUUUGCCUUUUAAGAAGUGACAUUAGGUGUAAACAUCAGCCUUGUGAAUAACAAAUCAAGGCAAGCAAACCAGAAGCAGUGUAAAGUAUAGGUGGAAAGUUCAACCAAACCACUGUGAGGGCUGCACUAUAAAUAUCGUCUUGACACUAGUUCACUAGAGCCUACUGAGAGGAUGAUGGAGGUGGGCAUCAGGAGGCAGCCACCCACAGCUGGUUUUUCUCUUCUCCAUAAUCUGGGGAAGGACAUAUGAAGAAUGCAUGGCUCUAUGGAGGUGGUGUCACUGUGCAGAGGUGAUUAGUGCAACACUGAAUUGUGCAGAACUUGACUAUACAUUGUUCUGAUUUAUUGUGCAAAUAGGAACAGGGCUCACUCAACAAUGUUUGUCUUUUGUUAAAAAUCCUUCACUUUACCUUGCUGCAGAUGCUGUAAAUCCAUUGGGCAUUUGUCAUACUCCCUAAAUUUAACUUUUAGGGCUGCUACAGAUGUUUCAGGUACUUUGUGCUGCUUAUGAUAAUAUGUACCCUGAGGUCUGGUGCAGGUCCUGGAUGUUGCUUCUCCUGCGUUAAGAGCUUGGGGGUUUGGUGCAGAUGAUACUGUUAUGCCGCUUAUUAUAGAUGUACCUUGGGUUCAAAAACAACUAAAGCGUCUACAUGUUUUUGAUA